UGCACAAGCGACCGAAUUCACCCGAAGGAAAACAAACUCGUCGAAGUGAGACGCAGUAAACUUCGUCCUUUUUUAUUUCAAUUUCCCUAUUUACUCGAGAUCGGGGAGGCAGGAGGGGCAAAGGAGAAGUUAUGAGGUGAUAUGUUGUAGCAACUGCAGGCAAAAUGCUUUACGUAUUUCUUGUGGAUACAGGGACCAUGAUGACCUUUGACAUGAACUUGGCACUGGAAAAUGUGUCAGUUCUGAAAGAGGUCAUUCACCGGUCCAUGAAGGUACCCCCAGAGAAGCAAGUCCUGCUCAUCUCUGGGGGUGAGGCUCUUGACCCCAGCCUCCGCGUGUGUCAGUAUUCGGCUGGAACGGAUACCAACCCUAUUUUCCUCUUCUCUAAAUCCACAAUAGAGGGGCAAAAUCCUCCAUCCCCAAGCAUUGACUAUGGCUCCGACACUGAUCUACAGGACCAGGUUGAAGGUGCCCUUAACAUGCCAGCCAGUUACAACACAGUGGUGGCUCGAGCCCAGCUUGCACAGCAGUUUCACGAACACUCAAGAGAUCAGACGAGAAUAUGCCAGCAGCUAGUUCAUGAUCAGCACUUGCAGCAGCAGGGUUGGGCUGCAGUAGUAGCAAAUCUUGAAGAUAUUGUUGCGGCAUUUAAAACACGUUUUGAAAGCUUUGAGCAAAGCUUCAAUGAUUACUUGAAAGGUCGCGAAGAGAAGUUCACAAUCCUAGAGAAUUUUGAUGAAGACCUCAAGUUGCUGUCCAGAAUACCAGUCCUCCCAGCUCUUCUAGGACACACAAAGAAGGCAACUGAGGAAGGAAAACUGGCCGAGGACACGGAGAAUGAGGAAAGAAAAGUAGAUAAAGGAAAAGAUGAUGAUGACAGCUUUGAAACUCAAGUUGGCAUGAGUCUCCUAGAAUGGAUUAGCGCAAAAGACAGCCAGAACGAUGUAGAAAAGAUAGCACAACUUUGCUUUAGAGGCCUUACUCAGAUAAAUGAUGGAAUGCUGACACAACUGGCAGGGGAGGUGAAUUCUGUGGUCCGCGAGGCCGACCGUCCCGAGAUGAAGGAGAUAAAAGGACUUGGGGACCGACUCUUUGGCCUGGAGCAACUCAUGCACGAAGCCAACAAGAUCGUCCAGGAACAAAACAACUUCGCUCAGGCACUUUUGCAAAACCAAAACAGAGCUGGAAAAGUCAAUGAUCCCUCCAUCUUCCCGGACCUCUGUACCUCACACCGUAGAAACCUCAUGCACAUGCUCAAGAACCAUCAACGGGUACAAGACAUCAAGAGGAGAUGCAUAAAGGCUAAAGAAGAACUCUCAGAAAAUUUGCACGUAAGACUGAAGUGGAUCAUGUACAUAGAGAAGAAGUUGUAUGAACUAGACAAUAAGCUGAGUAUGCAUCGUGAAAAUGUGCGGCGGCUCACUGGGCUCUUGCAAGUGGUCGAGCAGAUCCAUCGUGCUCCCCGAGUAUAUGUUGGUGCCAUCACAGAAGUGGCACGCCGGCAUGCUUUCUCACAAGCGUUUGUGCAGUGGGCAACAGCACUGAGUGUGGAAAGUAGCGAGGUAUGGCAACGGGAGGUAACUACCAGGAGACAUUUCUUGCAACAAUUCUCGUCGCAUUUCCUCACUAGCCUCUUCCCUGGCCUGGAUGACCUUCCUCCCGACUUUGCAACUCAGCCUCCAGACAAAUUUGAUGACACACUGCCAAAGUUAACAGGAGAAGACAUAGAACAGCUGCGAUCAGUGCUGCCUGAAUUGGCUUCUCUCCUAUUUGUGGGAGAAGUUGUGGCAGUGCCACCCUUGCUACAAACAGCUCUAAAUGGAAGAUAUACACAAACUCCAAGAAGUAGUGGUACUUUUGUCAAGGAAGGCAGUGGUGAUGUUUAUGCCUCUGCUGUGACCACAGCUAAUUCGGCAACGCCACGUAACACACCUGAUCGUGAUGCAGUUUCUAGAGGGCAACCUGUGCGGCCUUCAUCUCUUUCAAGAGAGCACCAAGAGUCAGAGACAGACACUGAAGAGUUUGAAAAGGUUGGAUGUAGUGCUGGGAGUGAUGGCACUUUUUCUCCUAUGGAGGUUAUGCCAGAGGGUCGGGGAUCUGUGAAAACAAAGCACCACUUCCCAACACAGACAAGUGAUUCUAAACACAUCAAGCUAGAUGGAGGCUCUGCACAGCUGCCAGGAACUGCACAGGAGGAGCUAAGGCAGGGGAGCGUAGCUGCAGUGCCCCCCAGAGAUCCCCCGCAGAGCCCCGAGUCUGUGGUGACCUCCCAGGAGUUUGUCACGGCUGAAUUCUACAUUGAUGAGUCGAUGCCCUCCAGCUAUACGGAGAGCAAUGGCACGACGGGGACAACGGCGUCCAGCACCUGGCACCCGCCGCUUGUGAAGACCCACCACGUCAUCACCGCAGAGUUGCAGAAACAGCUAGAGGACAAAGACACUGCCAUUUUCUCGCUACAGAGUGACCUGAACCAGGCAAAGGAUGAAGUGGACAGAUUGCAACAACGACUCAAUGCCUUGGCCUCCCUGGACUGUAAGGAUGCAGUUGUCAGUCUCAAAAGGGAGUUGGCGUCUCUCAGGGGAAAGGUUCGUGAUGAAGGAGCAACUUACGUCAACUAUAUCUCAGAGUUGUCCUCUCGUCUCCUAGAUGUGUUGUUACAGAUACAAGUGCAGACGUCAGCGGAGCAAAGUGCAGCAGUCAAUGAGGCUGUCACGUUAGCCAGGGCAGAUAAGGACAAGUUGCAGGAGCAGUUGCAGGGAACGCUGGACUUGCAGGCCCACAAACUCUCAGAUGCCCAGCGCGAAAUUGAAAUGUACCAAGAGCAGUUACACCGACACCAGGAAAACUUGCAGCAAACAACUGCUGAGUUUGAGGAAGUGAAAAGAGCUUUGAUAGAGGAAAAGAAUGAGGCAGUGAAGCAGCUAAGCCUGGAGCACGAGUUAGAAAUGGUGGCCAUGAAGGAGCGAUGGCAAGAAGAGGACUCCUCGCGACAGGAGGAACUUACGUCCUUAACUCAGAAACUGAAGGGCCUUGAGGAGGUCCUACAGCGGGCAGAGAGCGACCGAAAUGCGCUGGAGAAGAACUUCCAGGAGCGGUUCGAGGCUCACUUUCAGGAGGAGAAAGAUAAGAUCGUGCAGAUUUUGGAGGUCAGCUUCAGUGAGCGCGAGAAGAAAGCCCUCGAGAGCCUGAAGGAACAGCUGACUCGUGAACACCAGGAGGAAGUGAGCAGACUGCUAAGUGAAAAAGAAGAGGCUCUGAGGUGUGCGUGUGAGGAGGUCCGGGUGAAGCUGGUAGCAGAGUGGAGAGAGGUAGUGGAUAAGCAGCACAAAGAUCUCAGUGAGAAGCAUGCAGCAGACCUUGCUAAGUGUAAGGAGCAGUGGGACCAGGAGAAACAGGCAGAGAUUGCUACCAAAGUUGCUGAAAUUGAGACCCGAUGGCGGGAAGAAAGGGACACAGAGAUUGAGCGAGUGAGACAGCAAUACAAAAUGGAGCUUGAGGGUCUGCGGUCACGAUUUAGAAUGAUGACCACUGCCAGCAUGGACAAAUCACCUUCAGAAACGUCUUUGGAGAAGUUUGAGCGUGGUGAGUUUAUGGACUUGGCAGCUCACGAAAUAGCUCUUGCCAAACUGAGGGAGGAAUUGCUGCGAGAGAAGGAAGCAGAGCUGGAGACUGUCAAGCUUGCUCUACAAGAACAAUUUGCUCAAGCACAAAAGGAGGAAUUACAGAAGCAUGAAGAGAUGAGGAAAGAGGAAAGAAGAAGGAUAGAAGCAGAAAAGCAGGUUGUGUUCAAUGAUGCCAUAAAGUCAGUUACGCAAGACAAGGAAAGAGUCAUUGAAGACCUCAGACUCAGGGUGGAGCUCUUGACGGAUGAAACAGAGAAAUUGCGCAGGCUCAUGCACAAUGCUGCCACAGAGUCGAGUGACCAGAUAAUGACCGCUUUGGCCACAGAGAACCAGUCCCUUAAGGAACGUUGUGAGACCUUGCAGAAGGACAUUGUGAGACUUGAAAAUGACUUGCUCCGGGCCAAGAGAUUCAGCUUUGUCACAGAACGGCAGCAUGAUCUCAGCAUGUCCUUCACAGAUGCCGGACCUGCAGGGGCAACAGGUCCCAUUACAAGCAGUGAGGAUGUUAAAAAGCUUCAACAGGAAAAUCAGGAGCUGAGAGAUAAGCUGGAAGUGGGAAGGGCAGAGGAUGACCUUGACUCGGGAAGUAGGGAUGUUAGGAAAUUCAAGCGAAUAGGGGAUGAGACUCGAGCCAUUGGGGUAUCAGAUCCGAAGGAGGGAAACGGCGGAGGAAUCCCGGUGUGA